GCUAUGAUUUCAUGUCUGUCUCCGCCUUUUCCGCCUUUUCCGCCUCUGACAACGACGUCGCCUUGUGUGGUGGAGACACAGCAGAGGAGAGCGCCGGAUGUUUACGAUCGUCAAGGGCUGCCACAAGGCGACGCCCAACGCCGCUGCACGCUGGCUCCACUCGACCGCCCGCAGACGUAGAGAGAAGUUCGACCCGAAAAGCGUCGAGCGCGCCCAGGACGAGGUCGACGUGUGUAUCGUCGGAGGUGGGCCUGCGGGCAUCAGUGCCGCCAUUCGGCUCAAACAGCUCGAGAAGGAGAAGGGCAAGGAGGUGCGCGUCGUGGUGCUCGAGAAGGGUGCUGAAGCAGGCUCACAUAUCCUGUCUGGCGCUGUCAUUGAGCCGACCGCGUUGAACGAACUCCUUCCCGACUGGAAGUCUAUGCCGGACCACCCGCUCCAACAACCAGCUCACAACAGCAGUAUGCGCUUCUUCACAAAGAAGAUGUCCUUCCCGAUACCACACCCGCCCCAGAUGAGCAACAGAGGCAACUACAUUGUUUCGCUCUCGCGCGUCACGGCCUGGCUCGCAGGCAUCGCGGAGGAGCUCGGUGUCGAGAUUUACCCUGGCUUCGCAGGCGCGGGGCUCGUAUACGGCAACGGUGGCGUGCUUGGUGUGCACACGAACGAGGUCGGCCUCGACCGCGAGUUCUGCAUGAAGGACAACUUUGAACCUGGCAUGGAGUUCCGCGCCAAGGUCACACUGCUCGCGGAGGGUGCGCAUGGCUCGCUCUCGAAGGAGGUUAUUCGCAGGUUCGGGUUGAGGGAAGGUCGUGAUCCUCAGACCUAUGGGAUGGGGGUCAAGGAGGUGUGGAGGGUUGACCCGAGCAAGCACCAUCCUGGCGAAGUCGUCCACACUAUGGGUUGGCCGCUCACUCGCGACCUGUAUGGCGGUGGCUGGGUCUAUCAUAUGGCGGAUGGUCUUGUCUCGCUCGGGUUGGUCAUUGGGCUUGACUAUGCAAAUCCGUACCUUAGUCCGUACCGCGAGCUCCAGCGCAUGAAGCAUCAUCCGUAUUUCCGUGACUUGCUCUCUGGAGACGCUACCCGGAUAGCGUAUGGUGGUCGCACCCUGAACGAAGGCGGUCUUCAAUCCGUGCCAAAACUCCAUUUCCCUGGUGGUGCUCUCAUUGGCUGCUCCGCCGGCUUCGUCAACGUUCCAAAGAUUAAAGGCACGCACAACGCAAUGAAGACCGGUAUGCUCGCUGCGGAAGCUGCAUACGAGGCAGUCCAUUCGUCACAGGCAGACUCCGAGAAACCUACGGACAUGAGUGCAUACGAAGACGCGUUCCAGAAAAGUUGGGUGUAUCGCGAUCUGUACGAGGUGCGCAACGUCCGGCCGUCCUUCAACACGGGCCUCGGCAUCUGGGGCGGUAUCGCGUACUCUGGCGUCGACACCUUGCUCCUGAAGGGUCGCACGCCAUGGACGUUCCGCAACACGAGCGGCAAGAGCGACGCUGCACAUACCAAGCGGGCGGCCGCGUGCACGCCAAUUGAGUACCCACCAUUCGAGCCGCCGCUCUCGACAGACCUGCUCACCAGCCUUGCACUCACGGGCACGAACCAUACCGAGGACCAGCCUGUGCAUUUGCGUGUGCGCCGCUACUGUACGCCGAAUAAUACUGCGGGCAAGGAGGGCGCAUGGCCGAACCUCGAGGAGGAAGAGGAGUGCGACGAGGACAAGGCAGUUCGCCGCGAGCACGUGCGCAUCAAUGUCGGCGAGUACGCAGGCUUGCUGGGACGUGCGUGUCCCGCGCAGGUGUACGAGUACGUCGACGACGAGGCCAGCCAGGGUCCUGACGGCGAGGGUUGGGGCGGCAAGAAACUCGUGAUCAAUUCGCAGAAUUGCAUUCACUGCAAGUUGUGUGAUAUCAAGGUGCCGACGCAGGAUAUUACAUGGACUGUGCCGGAAGGUGGCGGAGGACCUAAGUACACCGUUACAUGAGCUGUGUCCAACCUCACAAGCAAGCAUUCAGCAAUCGUCACAUACCCCUUUGGAGAUUACCUGAGCACUAUGCAGUGUUAAAUCCUCGAUGACGACUUAUAGCUGCUGUAAAUAUAAAAUAUGUUAUGCUGGAAUUACAUACUUGCAACGCAAGCUCCAUUGUACUAUAUCACAAACUGUUGUACAGCACGACCUCAAGGUCCAUGAACUCACAGCGGUGCUUUGGCGUAUCUAGUAUGUAAUAUUGAAAUUGUUCUUCCUUUGGUAUUACGUCUUCUCCUUCUUUCGGCGUCAUUCGGAAACGGACUUCGCCCGCUCUUGCUCAGAAGAGACAGGCAUGCUUAGAGAACUCUGUCCGAUGUGCGAGUUACGCUGCGUCCUGCGGGGCACAGGGCUUGAACGACGAGACGACGAAGGUGUCUCCGCAGGGCUUGCCCGCCCUCUGACCGACCCCGCCACGCUGCCAGCCCGCGCGAUUCCGACAGGCGUCGCCGUGCCGCUACCCGUACCCACGCCCACCGGCGGCACAUGUUGCGGUAUACGCAGGACCUUGACGGCGAACCAGCCGAGCCAGGUGUCCUCGUACGCCGUCCGCUCCCGUUCCUGGCGGCGCCGCUCGAACGCGUUGCGGUAGCGCUCGUAGGACUCGCGGAACUGCCGGUCGACGCGCGAGCUGAAGAUGAGCUCGCCGCGCGGGUUCGAGGCGGGCGGGAUCGGCGCGAUGGGUACGCUUGAGCUGCGCUCGGCGGGGCGUGUGUUCGGCGAGGGCGAGCGCCGCCUGCGGCCCGGCGUGCUCUCCACGGGUGACGUCGGUGUCGGUGACGUCGGUGUGCGCGGGAAGAGCAGCGAGAAGAACCGGCUGAAGGGGAGCUUCGAGCGCAGUGGUGGUUGGCGGACGUUCAGAUACAUGUUCAGGUUCCGCAGUGCGCGGUUGGCGUGCGGGACAUAUCUUGGGCAGGCUCGGGUCAUGAGUCAGGCGUAGCGCAAGGAGGCAGCACUCACUUAUUCGCAUAACCAAUCUUCUCUGAGUACAUCCCGCUCAAGAAGAAGAGCGCAAGAGUGGUGACUGAGACACACAGAAGGCCUAGGGCAAAGUACCUAGGGAUCCGCAUCUCGACGUCAGGGCCAUAUAUAUCGGGCAGCAUCCGGCACAAGACCCAUGUAUAUGGUAUAGAGAGAAAGUUUGUCUGAAGUAGAACUUCUGAGAGGAGGAACGCGAUGAUGAGGAGCAGCUGAGCAAGGAAUACUAUUCGGUCACCGAAUAAGUUCCAGGAUCAGCACCUGUUGCACUAUGCGGGCGGACGCACGUUGGUAGCGAUGCUUUCUGCGGUUCAGACUCGCUGCAUUCGUCUUCAGCCGCUCUUCAAAAAGCAGUAGGUCUCGAUAGGUCGCGGGGUCGCUCGCGGGGUAGAAUGCGCCAUUCCUGGGUACGGAAGAGAGACGUGGAGGCAUAAACUUCGAAUAGCGGGGUUAUACAGUAGCUGGUCGUCGGACGGUGCGCAAUGUGGUCGACGUGAGGCUGAGAAAGCCUAACGGUAUAUGGUUGCGUAGUGUAUGAGAUGUAGUAUAGAUGAAAGUCAA